GUCAGUUUUGUAUGAGCUGGGCUGAUAGUGUGAAGCCACGUGGCUGUGCCCCACUGAGGCAUGAGUGUGGGAAGGGCCCACCACCACAGUUUCGUGUCCAGUGAAGAAGAAGGCCUGAGACUAAGUACCAUGCCUGCUGUGGGCAGUUUUGGCAAUGGCAAAAUUCACACAAGACGUAAAUACCAUGGGCGGUUUGUCACCAAGACUGGCCAAUGCAACAUCCAUUUCUCAAACAUGGAUGAGAAGUCACAGCGGUACAUAUCUGACAUUUUCACAACUUGUGUGGACAUCCGCUGGCGAUACAUGUUCCUGCUGUUCAGCCUGGUGUUUGUGGUGUCCUGGUUAACAUUUGGCUUGGCAUUCUGGGUCAUUGGCCUCCUUCAUGGUGACAUGGAACAUCCUGGAUUGGACGACAGUUUUGUUCCUUGUGUCAUGCAGGUCAACACCUUUGUGGCAGCUUUCCUGUUCUCUAUUGAGACCCAGACAACCAUUGGGUACGGUGCUCGUUGUGUGACAGAGGAAUGCCCGGCUGCUGUCUUCAUGGUGGUCUUUCAGUCCAUCAUUGGCUGCAUCAUCGAUGCCUUUAUGAUUGGCGCUAUCAUGGCCAAGAUGGCGAGGCCCAAAAAGCGUGCGCAGACUCUACUGUUUAGCCACAACGCAGUCAUCGCUUUGCGUGAUGGGAAGCUGUGCCUCAUGUUUCGGGUUGCUAAUCUAAGGAAGAGCCAAAUUGUAGAAGCUCAUGUGCGCGCCCAGCUUGUUAAGCCCCGUUACACAGAGGAAGGCGAGUAUAUCCCCCUGGAUCAGAUUGACAUGAACGUGGGCUAUGACAAAGGCACAGACCGCCUCUUCCUGGUUGCACCCCUUACUGUCAUACAUGAGAUUGAUGAAGAAAGUCCACUGUUUGGCAUCAGUAAGCAAGAUCUGGAAAUGUCUGAUUUUGAGAUAGUAAUUAUACUUGAAGGGCUGGUGGAGGCCACAGCUAUGACGACGCAGGCACGCAGCUCUUACCUGUCCUCGGAGAUCCUGUGGGGUCACCGCUUUGAGCCUGUCAUCUUUGAGGAGAAGAACCAGUACAGGAUAGAUUAUGCCUACUUUCACAAAACAUUUGAAGUACCAUCUACCCCCAGAUGCAGUGCUAAGGAAAUGGAGGAGAGAAAAUUCCCAGCAUCUGGUGCCAACUCCUUCUGCUAUGAGAACGAGCUGGCCUUCAUCAGCAGGGAUGACGAGGAUGAGGGAGAUGAAGAGAAAGAGGAAGACAGAAAGUAUUCAUCAGAACUGGUGAAUGAGCCAAUCACUCCUAGAGGUGAGCAAAUUUCCUCCGGUAGAGAAGCACAGGUUUAA